AAGUAGGCGUCAGCAUUUCAAUCUUAAAGCGUCUGUCAUUGGGAAAGUUUACAACAAAAUGCCAGCCGUAAUAAUAGACAACGGAUCCGGCGUGUUGAAAGCCGGCAUUACUUCCGAUGAGGCACCCAGUGCCGUAUUUGCAUCGCUCAUUGGACGAAUUAGUCACCAGCGCGUGAUAAUCGGUAUGGAGAAGAUCUGGAACCACACCUUCUCCGAGCUGCACGUCGCCCCCAAGGACUACCCCGUCCUCCUGACUGAGGCUCCCCGGAAUCCCAGUACUAAUCGCGAGACAAUGGCAGAAACAAUGUUUGAGACUUUCGAUGCUAGGGCCAUUUAUAUCACUAGUCACUCUGUGGCACAUAACCUGCCGUACGCUGGAGGCGGCGGUAACACCGGUAUCUUUGUGGACUCUGGCGACGGUGUCACCCACACCGUUCCCAUCUAUGAUGGCUGCAUCCUGAAAGAUGGUAUCACGCGUGUGAAUUGGGCAGGUCGAAACAUGACAGAUUACCUGGCUAUGAUCCUGACCCAGCGCGGCUACUCAUUCACCAAAACCGCUGAGCUUGAAGUUGUGCGGGACAUAAAAGAAAAACAUUGCUAUGUCGCCCUAAGUUUUGAGCAGGAGAUGGCCACCGCCGCCUCCAGCUCGUCACUGGAUAAGACGUAUGAGCUGCCUGAUGGCAAGGUAAUCACAAUAGGAAAAGAACGAUUCCGGUGCCCUGAAAUUGUUUUCCGACCGGGCGGCAUCCACGAGGUUAUUUAUGAUGCAAUCAUGAAGUGCGAUAUGGCAACCCGCAAGGAUCUGUUCGCCAACAUUGUUUUGUCUGGCGGCACCACCACGUGCCCGGGCUUCGCCAAUCGUGUAAAAAAGGAAAUCACCGCCCUGGUUCCGUCCACCAUAGAGGUCAAGGUUACCGCCAAGCCACAGCACAAGAACUCCGUCUGGAUCGGCGGUUCCAUCCUGGCCUCGCAGCCCACAUUCCAGCAGAUGUGUGUCUCGAAGCAGGAGUUCGACGAUUCCGGCCCAUCUAUCGUCCGCCGCAAGUGCUUCUAAGCACUCGCUGGCUGCCGAGCUGGGCGUGGUCGAACACUCCCUUGGCAGACAAAGGACGGAG